GAAUUGGGCCGGUCUCUUGAGGCAGUGAUUCCGCAAACGCUGCAGGCUGUUCAAUUAGAACGAGACAGCCUGUCGAGAGAAGAGGUGAACCUUGUGAACGCUACGCCUAGGCUAGCCCGUAGUAAUGAGGAAAGCGGCUCUUUCACGGCAAAGAUCAGCGAGCUGGAAUGCGCCAAUCAUUAA